AUGCCCUUUCUUUUUAUUGGUUUGUAUCUUUUUUUUUUUCUUUCCUUUUCUAAUUUACUCAGUAGUGAAGAGCCUUUCAUUUAUAGCGAGGUUGUGGUUGUUGGUGGGCGGCGACGGAAGACUUUUGUUGGUGUUUUUUUUUUUUUUCUUUUUGGAAUAGGGCGAAAAGAAGCAAAUUUUUUCUUUUGUUUGUACCCUCCCCCCAACGCAAAAUUUUUUUUAAAAUUUGUAUUAGACGUCAGAUACCUCCGGAGGCGACGAUUCCAGUUCUGUUCUUUUUUGUGUUUUUUUGUGUGUUGUGGCUCGCGUUGCCUGGACGUUUGGCUCGCUCUAAUGCCUGGGGAGCCGCUGGGUACAUACGGCGGAAAUUACCAGGCACCUGCCGCCUUGGACGCCAUGCAACACGUGGCGAGCGUGUGCCUCAGCGACGGUGCCCUGUACGAAGGGCCGUUGGUUGAGGGCAAACCGGAGGGACGUGGCGUGUGCGUCUUUCCGUCAGGGGUUAUUUGCGCCGGGAGGUUUUCGCACGGACAUUUAGACGGAAACGCGGAGGUGUUGCUUCCCACCGGUGCACUUUUUUCUGGCAGCUUCAAGAGUUCUGCGGCGCACGGCUCUGGAUUGUACGUGCAGGAUGGCCGUCUGACGCGUGGCAGGUGGCAUGAGGGAUUUAUGGUGGAGCAGGCGGAGGAUAACCUGGGCGGUGGAGCUCGCGCGCAACUUUUCACGCGCAUUGCCUUUCUUCUGUGUGAUGAGCUGCAGAAACUCACGGCGGUGACUCGAGCGCCGAACUGGCAGCAUCUGUAUGUCAACAGUCGCAUCAGUGAGCCAAAAGUGCGUCUCUGCAGGGAAUGUUCCCCGGAAAAGAACACCAUGCUAUCAAACAGUGAGAAGCCCGAAUAUUUCAUUGUGAAUUGCUCCUCCACGAGA